AUGUCUGGUAUUCAGAUCAACAACGAAGCUGCUGGUCAGUUCUCGAACUUGAGGCGUCGCACAUUCGGAAUCGAAUGCGAAUUCAUCGGCCUGACACCAAAGAACAUCUCUGAUCCCGAAGACGCCACAAAAUAUGCGUGUAAGAUGCUCCAANGAAAGGUUGAUCUUCCAUGCAAAAACAAGUGUGAGCAAGGCUCUCAUCAAUGGUACCUACCAGUACGCGACACAGUAGCCCAGGGUAAGGCUACCACUGGCUCAACAUUCUCCGCCUGGGAGGUCCAACACGACGUCAGCGUUUCUUUGGACGAUGACGAAUACGAGACAUAUUUGUCUGUGGCAGAUCGAACCGAUGUCGCUCAGGUCGAGCUGGUCUCACGUGUAUUGAACCUCGAUGAACCGACGCCAUGCCCACGCGGACAAGUGUAUCCCUGUACUGGAGAGCCUUUCGCCUGGGAGUGGAGAGACGAACUUCGAACUAUGUUUGAGGUAUUGCGUGCUGGUUUCAGCAGACCAGGAUAUCGCAUGCUGGUCAACAAGUCAACUGGAAUCCAUGUUCAUCUCGGCAAUGGAAGCUUUGGAUUUCCUGUCGAUACAGUAAAGAGUAUUCUUGGAGGGUUUGUCGCUUUCGAACGCUGUUUCGACUCUAUCAUGCCUGUGAGUCGUAUCUUAGGACGCUGGGAGCAGCCUCUCUACGGCAUGAAUCUGGAUGGAAUCACUUUUGUGCCUUCCGACCAUACUCAAGAUUUCACACACAUCUAUCUGGAGUCUGUGUCAGAGUCAAUGAGCUCGUAUAUGGACCGCUUGAUUGAGGACCAAUUGGCUGACAGUAGUCCUACUGACUGGGACCCCAACCAUAGCCCCUCAUAUAAGCCAGAUCUCGCCCCUGAGGAGAUGGAGAAAGAGGAUGAGGCAAGUCAGCAAGGUUUGUCUUGGGAUGCGGUGCAUACGGAGGGAUGGGAGAAAGUUCAGCCCUUACAGUGGCCAGAGGCAACGGCAGAUGAGCCGCCAGUAGAGCCAUGGGGUCAAUCACCCGACGACUCCUGGGGUAAGGCAGCAGACGAUACCUGGGCACAGCAAGCAACAAUUACAGGGUCACAGCAACAGAACGACGACGGUGCUUGGGAUACGCUAGUGUACCCAUCAAGGGUACCCAUCGAUCCCGCAAAGGCAGCACGAAUCAUACGCAAACUCCUGCUGAGCUACAAGAUCCCCACCUGGCUCAAGCAGAUCAAAGCCAUGGAAACACUCGACGACAUCAAGCAGGUAGGGGUACCCCAUAAAUCCGCCGUCAACUUCGAGCACCUCGACAUACCGCUGGCAGGUAUCACCAAAAAUACCAUCGAGGUACGUAUGCACGCAGGAAGCUUGUGCCCUGUCGAGAUAAUAUCCUGGAUCGAUCUCCUGGGGUCAUUGACCCAACACAUCGAAGCCAGAGGUAUGCAGAGUUGGUUCACGCACUGCAACGUCAUGUACGCGCAACCCAGAUACACACUCGUAGACCUAUGCCGCUGGAUAGGGUGUGCCAGUUCCACGAUCUCGCAUUACAAGGACGUCAUCUCGAGCCCCGACUAUGCUGAACGUCGACACAAAAGGUAUACAACAGGCGACUUCAACCCUGAAGACCAUUUAUACCCCUUAACCCUUAAUAUCGAGGAUAACCGCCUCAAGGCAUUUAGCCGCGACGCCAUCUCCCAACGCAUGCGCCAAAAACUGCAAUCAGGACGGUAUGGCCAAUUCCCCUUUCCUAUCUGCAAGCUUAUAUCCCUGAAGCAUCAUCUCAUACUCACGCAGUAG